AUGCGGACGCGCACGCCGCUCCCCCGCGCGCUCCCUCUCCUCUUCCUCCUCCUCCUCUGCGCCUCCCCCGCGCUGUGCCGCGCGGAGCCGCUCGGCGAGGCCCUCGCGGAGGCCGCGGCGGUCCCGCGCGCGGACCACGACGACGUCGACGCGGCCGCCGAGGACAACGCGCGCGACGCCGCGCGCGACGCCGCGCCGCUCGUCCUGAACCCCGGCAUCGAAGACGCGGAGACCCUGGACGCGGAGACCGCGACCGCGUUCUUCUCCUGGGAGGGGCCCGCGCUGAUGACGGACGUCAACGGCGGCGUCGACCUCGCGCUCCUCGCCGCGUGGCAGGAAGCAGCGGAAGAAGCCGAGAAGACGCGCGUCGACGACGCCGCGUCGGCGUCGGCGUUCGCCGCCGAACGCGCCGCCGGGAUGACGUCGGCGAGCGACUUCUUCUACCCCGUCGAUCGAGUGGAGAUCGAAGAGAUGUACGUCGUCGUGACCGACCCGACGCCCGCGCUCCCGAACAUCGUCGUUCGAACCGCCGACGGCGGCGGGGUCGACGGCUUCAGACCAAACGCCGGCGACGGCGGGUUCACGGUCAUCGUCCCGAGAGACGACGCGUGGAUGACCGACCCGCAUCACGCGUCCCCGGCGACGGUGAUACGGAUCGACGUCUGGAACCUGCUCCUGUGCGCGGUCAUCGGGAUCGUCCUCGCGGUCGCGAUGCUGUCGCUCGUGUCCGCGUGGACGGAAAGACACGGCGGCGGCGGCGGCGGCGACGACGACCGCGACGACGACGACGACUCCGACGACGACGUCGAAAAAGGCGUCAAGCCGAGCGACGUCUCGGACGGCGAGAAGCUUCUGCCGCCGCCGCCGAAGACGGUCUCCGUGGGCACGAACACGUCGCCGCCGAUGGAGGCUUCGGUCGCGGCGCCUUUCGCGGCGACGUGCGCGCCGAAGUGCUACGAGUGCGGACAGCCCGGGCACUGGGCGAGGGACUGCUGGCACAGCACCGGCGGCGUGUGAUAGCGGUGAAAAAAAAAACGACGAGACCGCCGCCGCCGGCGAGAGACGAGGAUACGAUCGCUUCGUCACGAUUUGUACAGUACACACGCAAGUUUGUUUUUGUU